AUUUAGCGUUCCAUUUAGGCGCAUACUUGGUAUUAAUGAAAUAAAAAAAAUGUCUGAUGAAAAGCAGUCCAUUAUUAAAGAACAUAUUACUAAAUACUCAAAACGAUAUGAUCAAGUUUCUUGGAGAUCAGCAGAUACCGAUUUCGAGACAGCAUCAAGUGCUGAUGAACAGGCUAAAAAAGAACGUAGUCCAGUUAUUGCAAAGCUCGCACACUUUUGCAUACGAAGAAACAGAAAAAUCACAGCUCUUGUAGUUGUUGUUUUGAUUUUUUUGGCCAUAAUGGGUGGUCUAAUAUAUUUGUAUUAUUCAAAACAAAAUCAAUCUUUUAGGUCUAGUCCAGUUGUUUUAAUUGAUUGUGGUCCUGUUACUGGCACAAUAGAAUCAGUUAAAGUGAAUAACAAAAUGUUUGACAGCUUUGUUUUUAAAGGAAUUCCGUAUGCUUUACCUCCUGUUAAAAACUUGCGUUGGAAAGCUCCAGUUGCAUUAAGUUCCAAUUGUUGGAAAGGUACUUUUGAGGCAACAAAGUUUGGAAAUAUAUGUGUUCAAAAUACUUCAGGUGUAAUCGAGGGAUCUGAAAACUGUUUGUAUCUUAAUGUCUGGUCUCCACGAUUAGAAACUGAUGCAUUAUUGCCAGUUUUUGUUUGGAUACAUGGAGGCUACUUAAUGAACGGUUUUGGACAUCAGUCUGGUUAUAGUCCUGACAGCGAGUUUGUAACCUCAAUGAAUGUUGUUGCUGUAAGCAUGAAUUAUAGGCUAAAUGCAUUUGGGUUUCUUACUCUUAAGGAACUUUGGGUUGAAAAUGAGUCUUAUGGUAAUUUUGGCCUUCUGGAUCAAAUUCUUGUAUUAAAGUGGGUAAAAAAGAAUAUUCAAAACUUUGGAGGUGAUCCGAAUUCUGUGACAAUUGUUGGUCAGAGUUCAGGUGGAACUUCAAUAUUUGGUCUUCUUGCUUCACUGCCUGCUGAAGGGCUUUUUCAAAGAGCCAUAACAAUGAGUGCAUCACCUAAAUUUGAAAAGUCUUAUAUUAGUGCAGCUAAUGAAAAUCAAGUAUUUAUUAAAAAAAGUAAGUGUAAAGAUAUUUCUGUAAAACUAAAAGAAUGUUUGUACAAUUUAACAUCAGAGGAAGUUAUAAGAGCUAUUCCAAAUGAUGUUUACCCAUAUUGGUUAAUGGAGGAUUUAUUAGAUUUUCCAAAAAAAGACCUUUUUGAUGGCGCUUUAAUAGUGAUGGAGCCUAUGUCAGUAUCUGAAUAUCCUCAAAACAUUAAAAAUAUAAAUUUUACAACCUCAGAUAAGGUUUCUGUUUUAAUUGGUUCAACUGCACAAGAAAUAGGUAUACUUCCAGGCGCUAUUUUUACUGGUGUGUACCAAUGGAUAAGUUUAAAAGAAUAUUUAGAUAAAAGACUUCUUAAUUUUUCUUUAUCAUAUUCAAAGAUAUUUGAUCUUUACAAAAAUAUUAAUAAUAUUAAUGAUAGUGCACAAUAUGCAUAUGAAACAAUCUCAAGUGAUGUUCGUAUUAACUGCCCAAGUAACAAACUUGCUAAAGAUAUUUUGUUAAGCAACAAAUAUGAUGUUUUUAGGUAUAUAGUAACUAACUAUCCAAAUAAGCCUGUUUCAUUGAAUGGUUUUCCUCCCUCAAAGUAUGCUGUUCAUUUCUGGGAUUCAACUGCUUUAUUCAAUUUCAAAGCAGUAAAUAAUUAUUCAUUAAGUGAGACUGAUAAACUAUUUGCAAAAACUCUUCAAGAAAAUAUUAAACAUUUUAUGAUAUAUGGACAUAUGCUUCGGUCUGACUGGAGUGAAGGUAAGACAGGUGUUUUUAAUACACAAGGACUUCUUGAAACUCUUGAAUCUGAUUAUCAUAGUAUGAUAUGCAGUUUUUGGAAUGAUCCAAAAAAUGACUUUAUAUCAUACGCUUGGAUUAACUAGGUGUUUUACAUAUUAUAUAAACUUGAAAUUUAACUUUUUUAAUUUUAUGUAAUUUUUCAUGGCUAACAACAGCAACUAACAGAAAUUAAAUAGACAAUGUGUACACUCUAAA